UACACUUGUCGGCCAAAUGUAGACAGGAAAUGGUUUAAACUGUUUGCGUGGUACCUGUCUAUUGGGUGUGUUAGGUUAAGCUGGGAAGAACACUUGUAAAACUGAAACGGAACAAACCAAACUGAUAUUUACAGAGUGUCUGACAUAUUUGGUUUAACUGAGCGUAGACAUUCCCCAGUUCAAACGCAAGAAUGUCGGCGGUCCAGAGGAUGAAAGUUGCUAAUGAAAAGCAUAGCAAGGCCAUCUCACAGCGAGGAAACAUCCAGAAAUCAUCGCGUGUGGACCAAGAUGACAAGUCUCCUGUGGGACCCUGGCUAUUGGCACUGUUUGUAUUUGUAGUAUGUGGAUCGGCUAUCUUCCAGAUCAUUCAGAGCAUUCGGCAGGGAAUGUGAUCAGCUUUGAAAAUGAGCCCAAUCCUCUCCGUAAUGUGCCAAAUGGAAUCUGAGAAGGAAACAUUCUGCGUUAUGCACUACAUCUUUACGUUUCUUGCUGUUUGUGCUCUUCUGUGAAACAGAAUUAAGAACAAAACAUAAAACAAAUUUGUUAAGCUAGUUAUAGCAACUUCAUUUGAGACUGUGACUUUGAAUUUUGAAGGUUUAUUGGAGUUUUAAUGUGCGUGUAAUUCUGAGCUCAUUUUGCAUAGCAUUCUAGUGUGUCUUAGUUUUAUGGUUCUUUACUCAGGUACUGAAGAGAAGCUGAAGGUAUAGAUGGAUUUCUUUGUGUUAUUUUCCUGUUUGCUUUUGGUUAUUACAAUGUUGACAGCAGUCUUAAACAAAGUUUGCUUUUUACUCCUAGUUAGGUAUGCAUGAUUCUCCCAUUUCUUUCCAGUCUUCCAAAAGUAUGUUGUGUGUUGCUUCCAGAUUAACACUGGACAUUAAUUUUUAAGAAGUUUCUAACUGUGUGGAGUUUCAUUUAUAGAUCUUAUAGAUAAUUAGGCUUUAUAAAAUACUUGUCAGGAGAAUAUCCUAAAUACAUGGUAGUUGACGUUUUAAGCAGGUGAUUUACCUCUGUGGUGUUUAGUUGUAUAAAUCUGUGAUGCAGAAGAACAUCUGGGUAUCCUUAUCUGACUAAACAGAAUAUAUAUGGGAAGCAAAUCUCCAGGUUCAUUGGAUACUGCUGCCACCUGACGACUUUGCUGUUUCCUCAGAAAUAACAUGCCUAGUCUAAAAUGGCUUCUCAGAUCCUCACUAAAGUUAUUAAAACUUAACUUUUUUCUAACCACUGGAUAUUUCUGCACACCAGGUGAGUUAGUAUAAUAAGAAUCCCAAAAUGAAGCCUAGUACUUUUCAUAAAAAGGAAGCCUUUGGUGCUGCAGAUUUUAAAAGUUAAAGGUUCAUAUCUGUGUUUUUUUGCUGUGGAAAGGGCUACAAAUAUUGUCAUGAGUGUGAGACGACCUGGCUAUAUUCAAAGAAACACUGCCUUUUAGCAAUAAAUCUCAUAAAGUGCAGGCGGUCAUUUCUGAUGCAUAGUAUUGUGUUAAAUAUUCAGUUUUGGAAUACACUGCACUCUCAGUAAAAUUUCUGCGAGUAUUUGAAAAGAUCAGACCAUUCAUUGAUUCUUUCUGUCACAAUAAGAGGUGCUAUGAGACCUGGGUAAACUAUGUUCUUCCACACUCCUUAUUGGAAUAUCUAGAGUAUGCAGAUGAAACAAGUGUUUAUUUUUCUUUUUGCAAUCAUAAGAAGAAUAACAUUUCCAUGGACAAAAUAAUAAAAGGACAUCUGGUAAUGUUUUGUGCACAUUUCUUCACUGUGGUAAAGUUUUAGUAAACAGUUCAGUUCUGCUAUAUUUAAAGAAUGAAUUUAGAUUUUAUUGUAAGGAUACAAGUAGGACCACAUAUGCCAGUCUCGCAUGAACUACACCAGCUAAAAUGUAAUGUACCUAUGUGAGAUGCAAGCUGUUCAUAAUCCCAACUGUUUACUUUUCAUGUUGAUUUCUGUCUACUAAGUAGUUUAAGCCAUUCUCAUGCUUUUACCUACUGCAAACAAAAAUCUGAAUGACUAUGGUACAUGGAACCUGUGAUUUUUUUUUUUUUUUUUUUUGUAUAAUGACAGUCCUAUUUGAAAAGUGCAACUGCUGCAGAAAGAGAAAGCCACAAACGUUAAGUUUAAGAACAGUUAUCUUCAUACUAUAUAACCAUACAGGUAAGCAAAAAAAAAAAAUCAAAAUGUGAGCAAAAAAUGAAAUCUGACAAAAUGUUGCUGAUAUUCAUUUUAGUCAGAAAUUCCUUGGUUGGUAGAAGGAAUAUUUGGUAAAGGUAAAGGGGUUCAGUUAGAUUGGUUGUGUCGGUUACUUAAUGCAGUGGUUCUCAAUGUGUAGUCCACAAACGGUAUAUAAUCAUAUUUGACCAAAAUUAUAUUUCAUUUGCACAAAUGUGUGUCUCUUACUAACUUUCAUGAUUGUAAAAUCUAAACGUCUGUUGCUCACUCGUAUCAAACUACAGCAUGAGCAUAAUAUUGUCAACCCACUUUAGUAGUUAAGUCUUAAACAUUGCAAUUUUCUCAUGUUUUUUUCCUGUGUUUUGUGUUUAUAACAUGAUUCUGCUUAUGUUGCUGAAUAUUUUACUUUUAUAUUCUUAUUGUUGACUAAACCAUUAUUUUGCAUGAAGUAACUGAUUUUGUAUUUGCAGAAAAUGUUAAUUUGUGGUGCCUUAACCUACAUUAACUCGGAUGCAUCUCAUUUAUACACUCAUCUCCAUUUUUGACAUAUUACGUGUUGACAGUUCUAUCUUGCUUCAAAGCAUUUUGGACUUGGUGAUACCACUUUAAAAAUGUUUACUCCCAUUCCCAAAAACUUAUUUUUUAAGGCUGGGUUUUCUAUUCUACUAAAAAAUAACUUGGUGGGACCAGUGAAACAUGGAGGCUACUAUAACACUGAAGCUGUCCAGAUUUGGUCCUUUGACCACCACCUUGAUAUAUAUCAUCAGAAAUAAUUAUAUUCUUCUCAAUUUUUAAUUAGUGGAAGGAUUUUUGAAAUAGGCAUUUUUAUGUGAAAUUAUUAAUGUAUGGUGUGUGCAUAUAUUUAAUAGACAAAUGUGUUAAUGUAAUGUGGAAUUUAUGCUAAUAACAGUGAAACAUCAGGUGGUCCACGGUAUCGUUAACAUUGGCAAAGUACUCAGUCCUAAACACUUAUAAAAACGAACUUGAUGACUGACAGAAGAGAAGCUUGUCUGUCUUAUUUCUUAUGUUUUGUGAUACUAGAAAAAGUAAAAUAGAGCUGAGAUUGUGGCUGAAUUCGCCAGAUUUGUUAACCUUCGUACUGCUGAAAAAAAGUGUGAACAAAACUGCUAAAUAGUUAAUUUUAUGUGCUGAGUGAUUCCCAUCCGUCAUGUAAGUUGGUCUUGUGACAAGAUCAGUAACCAUAGUCAACAAGUCCUUAUGUCAAGAGGUCAUGUAAUGUAACAUUGGCUAAAUAUGGACAUUCAUUAAAUUAGUCAAGAAUUUUUUUAAACAUAAAACAUUCCUUAAAUGUGUGUCCCAUAACUACUACAAAAUAAAUAAAGGCUAGUUUAAUCUAUUGAAAUUGCAUCAGCCCAAACCUCUUACCAGUAUGCUUUGUAUGAGGAGAUUACAAAGGAGUUAAGUCUAUUGUUAGGAGUCCUUUUUUAUGUAAUAGGACUAUACUUGUGAUAUCUUAGAAGUCAUCACAUGGAACCUUGCUUGAUUUAUUUUUAGACAAAAAGCAAAUGCACAAAUUCAGCUUGUGCUUUGAGAAUAUAUAGUAUAACUUAAAAGGUUGUAUGUACCAUUUUAGUGGGUAAUGGGCAAAGAAUGGCUUAAGCAAACUAGAGAUUUUUUUUUUAAGAUGUUUUAUUUGUGAUUGACAUGGCAUUGUAUUUUUCUGUUGUUGGUGAAAUGUUUAAUUCUAUUUUUUUCCAGACAGUCAACAGAAAUAAAAAGAUAACCUAAAAGAAAGUUGAUUAUCAUUAUCUGGAAUGUUAUGUGGUCAACUAUAUCUGUGUUACUUUAUUAUUUUACCCGGAUUAUUAUUCAUCUCAGAACAUCAGGCAUUCCCUGUGACAUAUGUCAUUCUAAAAAAGCAUUAAUAAUUUCCCCACAAAAAUCCAAAAUAAGUAAAUAAAGCUUCUACCACAAUUAUAGAAAAUUGUCUAGUAUUACUGAGAGAGCAUGGUUAAAACACUUGUUGGACAUUAAGUGGCUUAUUUUGUUUGAUAAAGGUUCUGUUGUGGGUUUUAUAGUGUAUAGCCACUGAGCUGUUUAGGUUUUUACUAUAAGGAAUAUUUUAUUUGUUGAGAUAGUAGUAGUUUAGGUGCUUGUCUGAAUUUUUCCAUUCAUACUCCUGGUUGCUCAGAAGGCCUUUAUCCACCUUAAAGAAGUGGCUGGUGAUUGUCCAAAUUAUAAAAUGUACAUCUUUAUUCAGCUACUUACAAAGAUAUAAUUCUGCAGUUUCUGCUGUGCUGUUUUUAGAACUAUAAUAAACUGAUAUGUACUGUGAACAAGACACUCAUUUUUGUCACACAGAGUUCUGCUGUUUUAUACAAAUAAACGUAUUUUCUCAACAAA